AUGAAGCCCCUCUCUGUCUUUGCACCACACCUUCUCGCUCUGGCGUCCGUUCGUGGCGUGGCGUCGGCCCCUUCCAACAACACUGGCCCAGCCUGCUGCAGGAACCCCUUGGUUAGGCAUGAGUGGCGACAACUCUCCCUCGAGCAGAGGCUCGACUAUAUCGGGGCGGUAAAAUGCUUGAUGUCUCUCCUAUCCGAAGGGAAUGAGCUAUGGCCUGGAGCAAGGUCACGAUACGAUGACUUCCAGGGUCUGCACAUCCGAGUCACCGAGCAAGUGCAUUUCAACGGCCCUUUCCUACCCUGGCAUCGAUGGUUGCUAUACCUCUUUGAGUCCGAAUUGCGAAACAAAUGCUCCUACCAGGGCGGUCUCCCGUAUUGGGACAUCAGUAUUGACAACACCGCGGAGAGUUUCGUCAACUCCCCUAUCUUCGAUAAAGUGUAUGGGUUCGGCGGGAACGGGCCGUAUAUCCAAGACCUCAGCGACCCUGAAGAGUUCCCUACUAAGACACCAACGGAAAUUCCCAACAGGACGGGGGGAGGAUGUGUGCAGGAGGGCCCAUUUGCGAACCUGACUGUCCCCAUGGGUCUUGGCGCUUCUGUCGAACACCAACCCCACUGCCUGAGACGUGACUUCAGCCCAACUCUGGUCGCUGCAGCGCUUGCCGACGAAGUCAUUGAUCGCGCUCUCUCAGCACCUAUUUACGAUGAGUUCAAUCAGCACAUUCAGGGUUAUAGUUUUGAGGCCAGCGGCAUAACCCUUCAUGCUGGGAUGCAUUUAGGCAUUGGGGGUCAAGUGGGCGAGAACGCAGACAUGUACUCCUCCCCUGGUGAUCCCAUCUUUUACUUCAUCCACAGCGCCCUGGACAAGAUCUGGAACGACUGGCAGCGCAUAGAUUGGCCUGCGCGCAAAACUGCCAUUGGCGGCCCAGACGCUAUGUUCGCCUACCCGUUCAACUUCUUUGGGGACGUGCCAUAUGAAAACAUCACCCUUCAAUACCCGCUGAGCUUCCCCAACUUUGGCAAGGACAUGGUGUAG